AUGCCAGUAGCGAAGACUGCUGCGGCAAGUGCAGGCAGCAAUAGCAGGUCCAAUGGUCGUGCUGCGCAGAGCUCUAGCUCAAGCAAGCUUCUGCCGCCUUCAAGGAAGGUCUCGGGAGCUCUCGAUGCUCCACGAUCAAUCUCUUCAUCGAAGCCUAAAAUGGCCUCCGUCGUGGCGCCGACGACAGGCAAGGCGGCCUCAGCUGCCUCGGGAAGACCGGCAGCUAUGAGAAACCUGGGAGCUGUAGCCUCUGGAGCAUCGGAUUCACAACAGGUGCACUGCAUAGAUGGCGAGGAAGUGCUCUCCAGGUUGAGCAUUGCAAGUUCGAUUACAGGAGACUUGGUGUUGGCGUUAGAAGGGCUGUUCGGUGUCGCUGGGCCAUGUAGUGCGGGGCUCGCCCAAGUUGGAGCAAAAUCAUCUGCGACGUGCACCGCACUGCACAUCGUAGACAAGGAGAAGCAGGAAAUGACGAAGAUGCAAAAAGCGCACUUGGCGAAGCGCAUCGCCAAUGCCUGUCUCAAGAGCCUCAACGAUCUCGUCGUGGCUGGAUGGAAACCUGCAAAAUCUACACGCGAGCAAGCCAGCCAGGUGCGCGGCGACAAGAAGGAUGCGUCCGCAAGAAGCGCUGCCCCGAGACCAGCGCAUUCAAGCACCACGCAGCGCCCUAGAGAUGCACCUCGCAGUUGCAGCGGUACCACGCCGGCGUCAGGAACGGUUACAUCCAGGCAUGUUGCAGACCUACUCAAAUGCUGCGGCUUAGCUCUCACAUUUUUGUCGCGAGAAGUGCAGCCAGCAGGGAAGGGCACAGAGCUCCUGAGCGCGCGCUGUACAGCCAUCAGGAAAAUGAUCAGCUUGGAACUGGUGAGUGGAUGCGAGCGGCGUGUCGCUACUGGUGCAUCAUAGCGCUCUACACUGACAUUUGCAAAUCGCAGGGAGAAGUGAUCGGAGAUGAGGUUGCAGCUCUGAGACGUGAAUCGCUCGUGUCGUGCGGUCUGGCCGACUUCGACGCGCACGCAGACAGGACAGUACGGGACAGGACUAUCCUCUUUCCCUCGCCAGGCAAUGUCUCGCGUGAGAUCCAACCUUUCAUCCUCGACACACUUACUUUGAGCGCUGCUGGAGCGCUUCAGACACUUGCAGCUUCCGACCUCGAAGCUUAUCUUGAGGUUCUACGAGAGCCCGAAGGCGUGCUGGCCUGGCUACGCGCAGCUGCGGAGGAUCCCACCAGCAAGUCCUGUGCCGAUCGACCUGCUUUCGCGCUCGAAAGAGGUCUCCGUGCAUCGCUCUCGCGCUUGGAACAUGUUCUCACCCCCGCUAGCGACGUCACUUUUGAAGCAAGAUCGAUAGGACUGGAGGCUUUGCUUUGUGUUUCGGAUCUCAAGACCGACAUUUUCUUGGCUACAGCUGCGCGUGUAGGCGCAGCGCAUUACCAAGCUUGCACAGACGAAGCCCGUCCCCAUGCUUUUGCGCGCAUGGAUGCUGCAUUCACAAAGUGGCUGAAUAGGCUGGGGCCAGAGGUCCUGUCUACGCAGGGCUUCGUCAAGUUUGCUGAGGUAUGGCUUAACUACGCACGGCACGCCAAGGAUUGCACGGCUGUUGAUAGAAUUGCGAAACUCCUCACGGCCUCCGACAGCGAUAGCUGCACGGACGAUCCGAAACAGCACAAUCGCAAAGACUCUGCUUCAGCUGACUUGCACAUUGCCAGGUCCGUGGCCGUCAUCACCAAAGCCGUCGUCGCCUUCGAUACGGCCGGCGAGACCUUACCCGAAGCAGCGUUGCUCGACGGAGCACGCGCAUGUCUGGACGACCUUGGAUCUACGAGUCUUCAUGCCUCGGAUGACGGCCGUGAACAGCUCUUUACAAGUCUGGGUAGACUUUGCAGGAGAAUGCUGGACGCUAUGAGCGCUUCGCUGGUGGACAGUGCACUCUCAGAAUUAGUCAAGAGCUACAUGCGCGUCACCUCGAGGCACCUGAGAACACCAGGUGGUCCGCCAUUGACGCGAGGCACUAGCGUGGAAGAUAUCCUGCACGAUACCUGCGACGCUGGUCGAUUCCUUGCGACUUCUGUUCUCAAGCCAUCCAUCAGCAGCACGCACGAUGAAGCGCGAGACAGCUUGUCGCAAGUAGACGCCUUGUGCGCGUUGGAAUCGCUUGCUCUCGAAGCACAGGCAAAGCAAGCCUACAACGUUUCGACGACGUGGUACCAGCUGGGGGUGAGGCUUUACCAUGAAAGACUUGCGGGUGCAGCCGUUGCUUUCCUAGAGAAGUCUUGCGAAGCAGGAGAGCUGUCCGAACGACUGUUUGCUAACUCUCCUGCUGAUGAAAUGAGCGACAAGCGCGCUGAUGCGGCGGUGCGACGAUACGACGUCUUGAGCUCUUCUCUGAGGCUUGCCGAGCAGCAUGCACGUGCUGUGGACGCUUCCAUCAAGGCUGUACGCGCUAUACGGCCUGCACGGUGGGAAAUGUUAGCAGAGGCAACGCACAACAGUGCGCCAUGCGACAUCUUUGCGAAUCCUGCCCUUCUGCAGGUUGCGAAUAUCGUCACGAGCUUCCAGCACGUCUCGACAUUUUCUCUGCUGCGAUCUCAGUGUGCGAAAGCGCCCCAUGGCGUGCUUCGAGUUCUUAAAGACGCAGCAGUACCAGAAACCGCGAUUGGAGUCCUACUCGAGCAGUGCUCCAAGACUUUGGAGCCUUUGGCUCAUCGCGCGGAAGCGCCAAAUGCUUUGAUGGAUACGCUGCAGAGCGCUUUAGAGGUCUAUGGCCCUACCACGUAUCCACUGCGCAGGGCACGCGUGCUCUUGCGCCAGCUCGAAAGCUGCGUGCUCCUCGGCAAUAGGACGUACGAGGAUGUCGAAGAAAUUCGGCUCGAGGCGCAAACGCUGCUGGAUCGCGAGACACUCGGCGCCGAUGCCAGAUUAGUCGGCUGCGUACCUGCACUUCGCGCACAGCUUGCUCUCCUCAUGCUUUGUGCUUCUCAGAAAGCUUCGGGAGCACUUGGCAUCGAGAGAACCGGCAAGUAUGCGCACGAGGCGGCGAUGUGCUUGCGCAAUUUGGUGCCGAGCGCAAGUACAAAGACGGGGCAGGAGCCGGAGAAGCGAAUCUUGAAAGACAGCCUCUCCAGGCAAGACAAUGUUGCUCUUCGCACCCCUCCGCGACGCAAACCAAUGGCGUUGCUACCAACACCACCUACUACGGCGCCAGCGACAACAAGUCAGACGUCAGGCACCGACGCUCUCGACAAGGAACGCCUCGGGUCGCUGUUAAACCUGGCGGCACGUAUGACUGUCGCAAGCGGCCAUUCGCUUGCUCGCUUGGAGGUCUUGUCCGCCUCUUGGCAGCUUCAUAACCCGGACACACUCGACAGACAUGCUGUCGGUGAUAAGACGCUUUGUGGAGCGGAUUUGGCAGAGGAGAUGAUGAAAGUGGGCCUGCACACCGAAGCUGAGGAGGUUCUGCGAUCAGCAGACGCCAUCACCGCCGGGCCUCUUGUCCGCUUCAGUCUAUUUCUAGUCCGAGCAAAAGGUUGCAUCCAUCGUGAGCAUUUGCAAGAGGCGGUACAGAUGUACGAGAAAGCUAUCGCUGCUGCGGGGUUGAUCGAGGCGUCGCCGCCAAAAUCAUCUAGCUGGACCAUGGCCCUCGAACGAGCAGCCUCGAAUCUGAGACAUGCCCAGGCUGCAGAGGUGUACAGCUUGAUACGUCAAGCGCAAGGAGACGCGACUAGUGCCUUGCAGGCUGCCGUUGAGGGCGUCAGAUGUUCUGCGCGCGCUGUAAGCAUCAUGACGAAGAUAUGUACGCCGCCAAAGAUCAGCAAGACAGACGAAGAGGCCAAAGAUAUCGCUCAGCUACUAGGGCCACCUGCGUCGAUAGACGGCAAAAAGGUCGCUGACGCCGAGAGCAGUGGCAACAGCGAGCAGUCGGAACAGCAACCCACCCACGUCAGUGUGGGAACGCACGCUGUGGCCAGUCUGUACUGGCGGGUUGUCCACUGCGCCUCGGCCGCCUACAGUCACGCGUCGACCCUGUACGAUCUACGUGGCAGCGCGAAAGAUGCUGAAAUGUUUGCAACGGAAACAAUCAACUUUUGCAAGCCGCUCGGCGUUCCCGUCCCUUCGGCCACGGCUUUGAUGCAGAGAGCGCGCAUCCGGGCUGCGCUCGCUCAGACUUUCGUGGCGCGAGACGAUCUUCAGCAGGCGCGUUUGCUGCUUGGCGGCUCCCUGCUACCCGAGACCUGCGCGCUUGCGAUUGCAGAGGCGACAAUAAGCGGCGAAAAUGGAAGAAAUAUAGUCCUUUCAGAAAUUGCAAAAGUGUCGACGGAAUCCGAAGCACUCGUUGAACUGGUCAAAAAGCUUCGUGUCGUUGGACCAGCACCGCAAGCGGAUCAGCAGCGCCGUUCAACCGCAGCGAAGCGACAAGUAGCCGCUCCAACAAAGAGCAAGUCUGCAGCUUUAAAGAAGAUCAGCAGCCCCGCCGUUCCCGCUCAGCUCUUCACGGAUUUCCCCUUGAUCCGACUAAAGAUGGAUGUGCUAGCUCAACACGUGGAGGCACUGCUCGAUUUCGACCGUCUUCAAGAAGCGAGCGACAAGCUUGAUCGUUUACACCAGCUCGAACGACAUGGCGACUCAAGUCUCAAAAGCAAAGUUGCCCUUGCGGACGCCAAGGUGGCUAUCCGACGUGCACUUCAGCAGUUGCAAGGCGAUCAAGUUCUAAGCCUGAUCUCUGAGACUGUCAUCUCAUUCACAGAUGCUGCCUACGCGAAUGCUCGCGAGCCACCGCAGUUAGCCAAGAGUGUAGCCGCACUGUUCUCGCAGCAAGCGUCGAGUCUAAGCGCGAGCUUGCUGAGCUCAUCGACGGCUCGUGCCUUCCUCGUGCGAAAGGUGCUCAGCCUGCUCACUGACUUAUAUAGUCUCGCGGCCGUCCUUUUGCACGGCGGUGAAGGUGACGAAAGUGUCGGCAAAAUUGCCCAGACCACGAAUGCGGCCUCUGCUGUGACGCUUGAACGGGAGCUCACGGAAGCGAUUGAAAUGAAGCUCAAGCGGCAACCGCCGGUUGUCGGCGCUAACUCGCCGGAGUGGCUUCGCUUUGCAGGCCCGAGCGCAGCCAAACGCGCACCGCGGACCAGGCCCGCGCUAAGAGCUGGCCGAGCUGCUGCGUUGAUGGAUGAGGACGACCACCAAGCUUUGAGCAGUGACGAUGAGUCAGACAGCGAAGUGCAAGCCGCCAUUAACCCAUCUCGCAAGAAUGUUUUGACAGAUCAACAACUGCAAAGCUACUGGGAGAGUGUCAAACACCGCCACGCCACUUGUGCGGCUCAGAUCGUGAAAGCAGACGCCGCUACGAGGAUCGACUUGCCGCCUCACUGGACAGUGAUCACCAUCAAUCUCUCUCACGACGGCUCAAGCCUUGUCGUCUCGCGACAGCGAGGGCCAGCUGCUCAAGCUCAUGCCAACGAUGUUGCAUUUCGGCUGCCCAUCGACCGACACGGCCGACGCGAAGGCGAGGAGGAAGAGCUCAGCAUGGCUGCGGCGCUAUCAGAGCUCAAAGAUGUUGUGGACACCAGCAAUAGAGCAACGCAAGGGGCCAAGAAUCUUCAAGGGGUCGACGCUAGGAGACAAUGGUGGCAGAAUCGCAUGCAGCUAGACACCAGAAUUAAGGACUUGGUCGAGGCAAUCGAGCAGAGGUGGCUGGGACCUUUCAAGGUGUGUUGCAUGAAACGAUGCAUGAUAGCAUGAGCACUUCGCUGACCUUUUGUGUAUCACAGAGUAUCUUCCUCGAGAGCACUGCCCAGGCAGAUGAACUCGCUUCGCUCAAAACCGCCUGGGAUGGAAUUUUCAGGCGCGCGUGUUUUGGCGCGAGCGGCUCCAAGAGGGCAGCGCGAGUACAGGUCCCCGAAGCAAUUCUCGACUGUUUGUCCGCGCUUCCUCCCGCGUGCACCGACGAAGAGCUCGAGGAUCUGCUGCACUUUGUCAUCGACUCCUUCCAAUUCAGCAGCGUGCCGAUCGCUGUUGAUGAGGUGGACUUUGACCACACGGUGAUACAGCUGCGUGGUGCCCUCGAGACUUUUCGCGGCAAAGUCAACGCUAGAACUCGUGGAAGUGGCGUCGAUGCCCACACUUUGCCCGCUGCGCACACAUUCCUGGUGCUGGACAAGGACACAUGCGCGUUGCCAUGGGAGUCGAUGCCGUGCGUCCGCGGUCGAGCAGUCAGCCGCAUACCCUCCCUCUCGUUCUUGCAGGACCGCAUUGAGCUUUCCAGACUCGCUCAGCCGCAAAGCAGGGAAGACGAGGGCGGCUCUUUCAAUUUCGGCCAAAAGCCAUCGGCAUACUACCUUCUGAAUCCCUCUGGCGAGCUUACUCGAACUCAAGAACGUUUCGAGCCGUGGCUCAAGUCUCGUAAAUGGGCUGGCGAUGCUGGCCAUGUGCCCGUGGCUGAUGCGUUUUCUGCCAGCUUGGCUUCCAAGGACCUGGUUCUCUACUUUGGGCAUUCGGGAGCAGAACAAUUUGCUCGAUCUCAAGCCAUUCGGUCACUGAAGAGAUGCGCAGUGACCAUGCUGUGGGGAUGUUCCUCGGGCGUACUUCGCGAUCAAGGUGAAUACGAUCGAGCUGGAACUCCCUACAAUUACAUGCUUGCUGGCUGUCCGGCCCUGGUCGCCAACCUCUGGGACGCGACGGACCGCGAAUUGGACGGAGUCGCAGAGAGCGUCUUUGUCAAGUGCGGCCUGAUGCGUUCUACCGACGUCCUCUCGACUGGGAUCGAGCCUCCCAGUGACACUUGUAACUCAUCCGGCAACUCAAAGCUCUCCCUCACGCAAGCCGUCAAUGCUUCUCGGGAUGCUUGCAAGUUGCCCUAUCUCACCGGCGCUGCUGUCGUCGUCUAUGGCGUACCUGUGUACUUUUAA